AAAACACAAAACAAGACUCUUCUCCUUCCUCUCCAGAGGGGUACCGGCGGAGGGAGGAGCUGACGAUGGAGAAGGAGGAGGGGCAGCAGCCGCCGCCGCCAUGGCGGGAGCAGCUGACGGUGCGGGCGAUGGUGGUGAGCUUCGCGCUAUCGGUGAUGUUCAGCGUGAUCGUGAUGAAGCUGAACCUGACCACCGGCAUCAUCCCUUCCCUCAACGCCGCCGCCGGCCUCCUCGGCUUCUUCCUGGUCAAGCUCUGGACCAAGGCGCUGGAGCACGUCGGCCUCCUCCGCACCCCCUUCACCCGCCAGGAGAACGCCGUCAUCCAGACCUGCGUCAUCGCCGCCUACGGCCUCGUCUUCAGCGGUGGCUUUGGAAACUACCUUUUUGGCAUGAGUUCAAAGAUCGCCAGCCAAGCAGCAGAAGCAAAUGAUUCGGAUAACAUAAAGGACCCAAGCUUAGGAUGGAUGAUAGGAUAUAUGUUCAUCAUUGGUUUUCUUGGACUGUUCUCUCUUGUUCCCCUCAGAAAGAUACUGAUCAUCGACUACAAGCUGAUCUAUCCAAGUGGCACUGCAGCUGCAUACCUUAUCAAUGGCUUCCAUACUCCUCAGGGUGAAAAGCAGGCCAAGAAACAAGUAUGGACACUGGGCAAGUCCCUCAUCUGCAGCUUCCUCUGGGGUUUCUUCCAGUGGUUUUACACGGCUGGUGAUGCUUGCGGGUUCAAAGCUUUCCCUACGUUCGGUCUCAAAGCUUAUGAGAACACGUUCUUCUUCGACUUUUCUGCUACGUAUGUUGGAGUUGGAAUGAUUUGCCCACACAUCGUGAAUGCAUCGUUUCUCCUGGGAGCCAUUCUUUCAUGGGGAAUCAUGUGGCCUCUCGUAAGCAAUCAAAGAGGAGACUGGUAUCCUGCAGAUAUCCCUUCAACCAGCCUUCAGAGCUUGCAAGGUUACAAGGUCUUCAUAGCCGUCGCCAUGAUCCUUGGAGAUGGCCUCUACAACUUGCUCAAGGUCCUGCGUCGAACGACAUCCUCCUUCUUUGCCGCCGUGUGGAGGAGCCCCGAGAGCGUGCUUCCCAUCGUCGACGACGACGACCGCCCUGCAGAGAGCCCUCCCGUUUCACCCGAGGACCAAAGGCGAGCUGAGGUCUUCCUCAAGGAAGAAAUCCCUGGGUGGAUUGCGUAUGGGGGCUACGUCGCCCUGGCCGUGCUCUCCAUUGUCACGCUUCCCCACGUCUUCCCCCCUCUCAAGUGGUACUACAUCUUGGUGGCCUACGUGGUCGCCCCUGUCUUGGCCUUCUGCAACGCCUACGGUUGCGGCCUUACAGACUGGAACAUGGCCUCCACCUAUGGGAAGCUCGCUAUCUUCAUUUUCGGAGCUUGGGCAGGCGCCUCUCAUAGCGGUGUGCUCGCAGGCCUCGCGUCCUGCGGCGUCGUGAUGUGCACCGUUUGCACUGCAUCGGAUCUCAUGCAGGACUUCCGGACCGGCUACUUAACAAUGUCUUCUCCGAGGUCGAUAUUCGUGAGCCAAGUCAUUGGCAUCGCCAUGGGCUGCGUGAUUGCUCCCUGCGUCUUCUGGCUCUUCUACAAUGCCUUCACCGACAUCGGCGUCCCUGGCAGUCAAUACCCUGCACCUUUUGCUCUCAUGUACCGGAACAUGGCGAUACUAGGAGUCGAUGGCUUCUCCUCGCUGCCGAAACACUGCCUCGCUCUCUGCUACUCCUUCUUCGCGCUCGCCAUCGCCAUCAACCUGGCGAAAGACUUGUCUCCCAAGAAGGUGGCAAGGCUUAUACCGAUUCCAAUGGCAAUGGCCAUACCGUUCUACAUCGGAUCGUCCGUCGCGGUAGACAUGUGCGUAGGAAGCGUGAUACUGUAUGUGUGGGCAAAGAUCGAUCAGGAGGCGGCCGACGCAUCUGGUCCGGCAGUGGCGUCUGGCUUGAUAUGUGGGGAUGGGAUGUGGGGUCUUCCUCAAGCUGUGCUUGCGCUGGCUCAAGUGCGGCCACCAAUGUGCAUGCAGUUUGUUCAUGGAGAAUGAAUGAGACAGUCAAUUGGAGAUGUAGUUAAAAUACA